GAGAUCCGUGAAAUACCGCACACACGGUGAGCGAAUGAUCUUAUUUAGUCUUCUGUCGAUAAGCAUACUCGGUCGUUAUAGGUUGCGUAAAUUAAAUAAUAUAAUAUUUUAUUCUAUUCUUGCACACCCGUUCUAAGAAGAAGAAAAAAACUAUGAUGGCUUCCCGUUGUUUGCUGAAUGGUUUCUUGGUGAUCGCCUUAACUAUGGCUGUCCUGGUACACAACGCGACUGGCACAUUGGCUAGCAAGAGCAAUGACGAAGGCGGUGGUGGCGGUGGCGAUGGUGGUGCCAUCGUCGGCAGUGAGGGUACAACGCUGUUGCCGUCGCUGAUGGACCAAGUGACAGAUUGGAUGGACAGCUUCAAACAGCAAGCGUCCGAGACGCUCGACGAGGCUGGAAGCGCGGCGUCCGUGCUCAGUCGCCUUCGACCGGGCACGAACAAGCAGACGUCGGAAUUGGGCGGCAAUGGACUGCGAGCCUCCAAGAAGAAACUUCCGUCAGGCGAUAACACGCUGGUACGACUGCAAGAAACCAAGGGACGCACCAUGGCCGCGGCCAAGAAGGUAGUGGACGAGACCAUACACAAGCCGGAGACCACCGUGAGUGAUAUACGACGCACGAUUAUCGGCGACGAUUGGGACGACGUAGGCGGUAACCGGAGGAUAAGUAGUUCGCUUGACGGCCUGUUCCGGCCGUGGGCAUGGAGGUCAAGGCGGAGUUUGAGGAGGGGUCCACUAAGGAGAGUCGAGAAAAGGAUAGAGGUGGUGGUCGAGCCAAGGAUAGAGGUGAUGGUCCCGCCAAGGAGAGGUGAGGAGGUUCAUCCGUGGAGAGAGAAGAAAGUUCAUCCAUGGAGAGAGGAGGAGGUCCCACCAAGGAGAGAGGUGGACGUUGAUCAAUCGAACGAGAUGGAGUUCGAUAAAUGGAGAAAUAUGAGGUUCAUCCUGCCAGGGAGUGAGGAGGAGGUCCAUCCAGUCCAUACAUGGAGACAGGAGGAAGUCGAGAAACGGAGAGAUAUUGAGAUCCCGCCAAGAAGAAAGGUGGACUAUGAUAAAUGGGAAGAAAUGUUCGAUAAAUGGAGAAAUAUGAUGUUCAUUCCGCCAAGGAGUGAAGUGGUGGUCCCGCCAAGGAGUGAGGAGAAAGUCCAUCCAUGGAAAAAGGAGGAGGUACUGCCAAAGAGUGAGGAAGAGGUCCAUCCAUGGAGAAAGGAGGAAGUCCUGCAAAUGCAUCCGCGACAAGGAAUAGCUACAGCAAUACAAGCAACAGCCUAACCAACAGUGAUCUUGUUGGGCAGUAAAUCAUGCGAUUUUAAAAUAAAACAACAACGUUCCUCUAAAGUAACGGUUUGGUGCGUUUCAUAAGGCCAUAUUUUUUCGAGAACGAACAUGGACCAUCUUGCAGAUAUCAUUUAUAAAAAUUAAAUAACAAAUUAACACUUCUUUAAUGCUAUUUUAUAUACUUUCAGGUUAUAUAAAUAUAUUUGUUAAAAAUAUA